AUGCUUGUGGCACUCCUGCUACUCCAGCUGGCCACUCUGCUCCAUGCUCAUUCUAGUCCCCCUCCGCCCAUCCUGACCGUCCGUCACAUCGCCGCGGGCUCGCUCCACCUGCUGCCCCGGCUGCUCGACCCUCCAAGCCAGAGAACAGCCCACAACUCAAUCCUCAGGCGCUCCCAAUCCAUCCCAACCCCAGGCCAGCUCCAGUACGACGACACCAUCCUACUCAAGUUUGCCAUCCCCACCCAUCACCAGCAGCACCAGAAUCCCUCCAUCAUCGCAGACCCAGACCAGCCCCUCCAAUGGUUCACUCUCUCCCUCAGGCCCACCCAAAACCUCAUCCAUCCCAACGCCAAACUCAUCUACGCUGCCACCGACCCCGCAAGCACCACCCCCACUGAGUCCCCGCUGCUCAGCCGAGACGUGCUGGCUUACUCGGGAUGGUCCAUCGACCCAGACCACAUCCACUCCUGGUGGGACGAAGAACACGCCUCAGUCGACCGCCCCUCGCCCGAGUGGGCCUCAGCCUACGAAGACCAGCGCGUCAGAGGCUGGGCCCGGAUCCUGGUCCAUCAGGCCACCUUGGAAAUGGAAGCGGAAGAAGACCUCCACCAGCUCAUCUUCGAAGGCGCCUUCGAACACGACAACCAACUCUGGCACAUCAAGCCGUGGGACUCAUUCAGCAGCCUACGCACGCACGCAGACUCAGAGCCCACGCCCUGGGAAGCGCACCCCACCGGCGGACUCAUAGUCUGGCAGGAGGCCGACCUGGGCACAUCAUCAUCAUCAACAACAACAACAACACCAACGAAUCAUCACAUCCAACCCUCUGCAAGCUGCGGACACGACCAACUAGCAUUCAACUCCAACCCACAGCAUGCCGUCUACCAUGCCCCGCAACCCCUGGGUUCCUCACAGCAAAUACAACUCAACCCAGCCAGUUCAUUCUCCUUGGCUUCGAUGACAAGCUUCCUGGAUCGUAUGCUGAGGAAACCCGCCGAUCGGUUAGCUAAAUUGACUAGCAGGACUAGGACUCUCCAUCGACGGCAGUCGGCGAGCAAUGAUUUCAUCAUGCCGGACAACUCGACCAUGCCGUCAAACUUUAUCAACUCGAUCGGCUCGACGGCGGGAUGUUCCAUCGAUUCACGGGUGUUGUUCAUUGGGGUGGCGGCGGAUUGCACGUAUGUUUCGAGGUACAAGACCCAGGAUGCAGCGCGGCUGGCGAUCUUGAAUGACCUCAACACCAUCUCGGCCAUCUACCAACGCACCUUCAACAUCUCCAUCGGUGUCGUCGAACUGAACGUCCAAGCGCCCCAAUGUCCGCCGACCCCGAAGCCGGAUGUGCCGUGGAACGUAGGCUGUCCGGCAUCUGGGAGCAGUGGCUUGGAUCUCGCGCGCCGUCUCAGCGUGUUCAGUGACUGGAGGGGCAAGAAGGGCGGCGCGGAUGGCGCGGGUCUUUGGCAUCUCAUGACCGAUUGUCCCUCGGGUGACCAGGUCGGCCUCGCCUGGCUGGGCCAGCUUUGCGAGGUCCAGUCUGAAUCCAGCGAGACGGGACAAGUCAGCAGUGGAACCGGUGUCACUGCUUCUAGCACCAACGAAUGGCAAGUGAUGGCCCAUGAGAUCGGCCACAAUUUUGGAGCUAUUCAUGAUUGUUCUUCGGGAUGUAAUCCAUCAGAUGUAUGUUGUCCGCAAAGCAGAACCAGCUGCAACAGCAACGGCAAUUUCAUCAUGUCGCCGAUUUCCACCAAAAACACAAUCAAUUUCUCUCCCUGCAGCAUAGGGAAUAUAUGCACGACCUUACACAGCACGGUGAACAGUACCUGUCUGGUGUCACCGGGCCAGCGGACGGUGAUUUCCUUACAGCAAUGUGGCAACGGGAUUGUGGAGCCGGGAGAGGAGUGCGACCCGGGGCAGAACGCGAGCUCGAGGUGCUGUGAUCCAGAGACGUGCAAGUUCCGGAGGGGGGCGGUGUGCGAGCCGGCGAAUGGCCCGUGCUGCCAGUCGGACUGCCAGUUCGCGAGUCCCCAGCAGGUCUGCCGGCCGUCGGUUAAUGGGGAGUGCGAUGAGGAAGAGCGCUGUCCGGGGAACGCGGCGCAGUGUCCGACGGACACGUUUGUGCGGAACGGCAAGACGUGUGGGCCGAGGGGGAUGGGCCUCAAGUGUGCGGCGGGCAUGUGCACGAGUCGUGACGAGCAAUGCCAGGCACAGGGUGGAUCGCUCGGGCUCAGCAAGGCUUGUCCGUUGGAGAAGGCCCAGGACUGUAAGGUGCGCUGUGUGGAUCCCAGCGGGAAGGCCGCCUGCAUCUUCCUUGCAUCCACCUUCGUCGACGGCAGCGAGUGUGGCAACGACGGGCGAUGCGUCGCCGGCGUCUGCAAGUCUCCGACCCGAAACGAUCCGGCCCUGUCCUGGCUCGCCUCUCACCGCUCCGCUAGCUUGUCCCUCGCCAUCGUCGCCGGCCUCUUCGGCCUCAUGUCCCUCCUCCAAAUCCUCCGCUGGGCUCGGAUGCCGAGCCUUCCUAAACCGCGCUCCUCCCGCGCCCCCUACGUCCCCCCGAUGGCGCUCGUUCCGUGCCGGGCCCCCACCCUUCCACCCCCCGCUCAAUCCCCUCCUCCUCCUCCUCCUUCUCAGCGGAACUGGGUCGACCAUACUUUGUAUAAUGGCCCCGUGCGCAUAUGA